GAGACAGACGCACAGCAGACGUUGGAGGGAGAUUUGAGUGCGGGGCGCGUGGAGAGCAGUCGGCCGCGAACUUUGCAGACGACUUUAGUGGUUGAUUUAUUUCUUGCCUUACACUUCUAGUUUGUUUGCCAUCAUGGAAGCAGACAGUGACAUUAAAACCACGCCGAGAGGGUUUCACUGCGUCCUGUGCAACGCCAACUUACCAAACCCGUCUAGCAUGGAACAGCAUGUCAAAGGGCGCAAACACCAAACGUUGCGCACCGUGCGGGCGACCAGGAAGAGCCAGGAGCAGCACAGUGUGUUCGUCAGCGGCAUCAACCCUGUCGUCUCUCAGACCGACAUAGCGGAGUACUUCCAGCAGUUUGGUGCUGUCUCAGAUAUCGUCAUGGACAAAGACAAGGGUGUGUACGCCAUCGUGCAGUUUGCCGAGACGGACAGCUUACAGGCGACGCUGUCCCGCGUCGAGCAUCAGAUGAAAGGCUUGAAGCUGCGAGUCAAACCCCGAGAAAAGAAGGACUUCAAGUUGAUUCCCAAGAAGAACGCGUCUCAGAACCUCCAGCAGGCUCUUGAGCGCCUCAAACCUCAGCUGUGUCAGUUGGUGUCUGUGAAUGCACAGAUGCAGUAUGUGGUAGAGCGAUUUCAGCUUGGAGAAAACGAAAAGAAGGCCCGAGGCUUGCUGGUUCAACUGCUGCAAGAAGUUUUCGUAGAGUUUUUUCCAGAUAGCCAGAUUCAGCCGUUUGGUUCAUCUGUGAACACUUUCGGCAUCCAUUCCUGCGACCUGGACCUCUUCCUGGACCUGGACAACACCAAGGUGUUCCAGGCCCAUGCCAAGUCCACUACAGAACAGGCAGGGGAGGGCACGUCGGACGAUGGCCGCUCCGAGGACUCCAUCCUGUCUGAUAUCGACCUGUCCACUGCCUCUCCGACCGAGGUCUUGGACCUCGUGGCGGCAAUCCUCAAACGCUGUGUCCCCAAUGUGCACAAAGUCAACGUGGUCGGCAGUGCUCGCCUCCCCGUGGUCAAGUUCCAUCACCGCGAGCUUAACCUGCAGGGGGACAUCACCAUUAACAACAGACUGGCUGUCAGAAACACGCGCUUCCUCCAGCUGUGUUCAGGGAUGGAGGACCGGCUGAGACCUCUGGCGUACACCAUCCGCUACUGGGCCAAGCAGAAGCAGCUGGCUGGUAAUCCCAGCGGUGCCGGUCCUUUGCUCAACAACUACGCUCUGACGCUGCUGAUCAUCUUCUUCCUGCAAAACUGCGAGCCUCCUGUCCUCCCCACACUGGAGCAGCUCAAAGAUAUGGCCUGUGAGGAGGAAGAGUGUGUGAUUGCGGGCUGGAACUGCACCUUCCCGAGUCAGCCUAUUGCUGUGCCCCCCAGCAGGAAUACACAGGACCUCAGCACGCUGCUCUUCGCCUUCUUCACCUUCUAUGCCAAGUUUGAUUUUGCCAGUAGUGUCAUAUCUGUCAGGAAGGGGCGCGCACUGCCAAUCACCGAUUUCCUCAGCCAGAAUACAGAGGAGGAGAAAUCCACCAAGCCCCACGGUCCCAAACUGGGCCCCCUAAAUCUCUUGGACCCCUUUGAUCUCUCCCACAACGUGGCUGGAAACCUGAAUGAGCGCUCUCAGCGCAGCUUCCAGAAGGAGUGCCAGGAGGCCGACAAGUACUGCCGCAGCCUGCAGUACCAGCGCAAAUCCACCAAGGGGAAAUCGUGGGGGCUGGUGCGCCUGUUCACCCCCCACGGGGAGGUCCCACAGUCCAGGCCAGAGCAGCCGACCAUCAGCAUCCCCUUCAAGUUGGCGUCGCUCCCCGAAGGCCUGCGUAAUCAGCUGCACCAGGCGGGAGACGGCUUCCGGUUGCUGUGGUUUCAGAAGGUUUGCUCCGCCGUGGAGGGAGUCUUCCAACGUGUUCUCAGGUGUCACCUCGCUCCCUCCACAGACGCCGUCUUUGGCGAGGAGUCGGUCGACGACGCCGCUGGGGAAAUGGAAACUACCUCCGCUUCCCUCAACUCGUUGAUAAAUGACAGCUGUGACAGUGUUGAAGACCAGAACGAAGCCAGCCCCACGGUCGGUGCCAAGAGGCAGCUGUCUUCCGGCAGCGACGCUUCCGAGUCGCCUCAAGGCAAAAAGCCGAGACUGGCAAAAAGGGGCACGCCCGAGUCCCCUCACUGGAUCUGUGUGCAAAAGUACAUGGUGUGGGCCGGCAGGAGGAAAGUGAGGAGGGAGCUCAUCAAAGAUACGGACUCGAGGCCGGAGGGCAGCUGCAUGGAGCUGGAGUCCAAGGUCACCGCUCACAUCAUCGAAAAGGAGCCGGAGCUCAAGGAGCCGCUGGAGUUCAAGGUCCAGCCCCAUAUGGUUGGUGGGACAGAAAGCACGAAGGCGGUGCUCAAGUUGGAGCCGAUCAGCGACAAGACGGGAGUUUUUCAAGACUUGUUUCAUUUCCUGGAAGCCUUCUUACCUAAGAUGGUGGAGACACUGCUAGAGAGAGGGGGGAGUGCUUCACACAUGUGAGCUUUAAAUCUGAGCUUUUUCUUUUCUUUCUGACUCAAAGGUGUUACUGCUACUUGUAUUAACCCUUUAGAGUGGGACAUGAAAGAGCGUUGUUGUGGCUUUGUUAGUUUCAGAAUAAGAUUAAUAAGCCCUGCUGUUGUGUUUGAGAUGUGGCUUUGUUUUAGUGCUUUUCUGUUUAAAAUAAUGUUCUUAUAUGUUGAAACUUUAAGGGGAAACUUCAAGUGGCAGACAUGUGAUGUACACAAGGCUGUCUUCAAGUGAAUAAAGAGUCUUUGUAGAACACCGCCUCCUUCUGUACAUCGUAGUUGUGAUUACAUCGUCUCCAAAGCAGCAUCUUUAAAAAGUAAUUUUAUUUCAUAAAGGGCUGAUUAAUUGUGCUGUGCUUUGGUUCAACUUGGACUGCCAGGAAGAGGCCCGUGAGUGGAGCUUGUAUCCAGUCAGGUCUGUGCUCAUCUGCUGAGACAUAUGAGAGUAAUUACUCAGGCAGGCAGAACGCUUUAUUAAAGCAGGACAAGCAGGA